UGACCAGGUUGUCAUUGCUAUUGGACUCAAGUAGCGAAAAUAACGAUUUUUAGCCAUAUUUGUGUUGCAUUGCGAAUAAUACACGAAAAGGCAGAUGCAUGCGUGCUCAAUUUCUUUCAGUGCCUUUACAGUUGCUUCUCGCUGUUCGCAUUCAGUUUCGUCCCGAACGACUUAGUUAACGUUACAAUUUCCUAAAAUACAUACAAAAAUUAUUAUUUACCGAAAAAGUAAAUAAAGCAAAAUUAAAAUGACUCUACAACUGCAAAUCGAGAAACUGAAGGGGCUUGACAACUACAAAGCUUGGUCUAUGACAGUUCGAGCCUAUCUUGAAUCCGAGGAUUUAUGGACGGUCGUUGAAAAUGGACCUGAAAACAAUGAGGAGUCCCUGCUUAAAGACAAACGGGCGAAGUUUAUCAUUUUGUGCUUAAUCGAGACAAAGCUUUGUCAAUUUAUGGUCAGCAUACGCACAGCCCGCGACCUAUGGACCUAUUUACGAUCACAGCAUUCCCUGCGCUAAAACUACGAAAUUUCCAACUUGAACUCAAAUUAAUAAUCAUUAAUUUAAUUAUAGUUACUGAGUGAUUUGUUAUUAAAGUAUUUCCACAUGUAUUGGAAAAUGUGAUUGAAUGCGUAUAUAAAAGCAAAGAUGCACAUUCUUGUGUACAAAUGUCCAUCA